AUGACGACGCUCGAUAUCCCCCGCUACCUGCAGCGCCUGCAGCUGGAUGCACCACCCCCGCUGACCCUGGCCGGCCUGUCACUGCUGCAGCAACGCCAUAACGCGCUGCUGCCGUUCGAGACGCUCAGCUGCCUGCUGCGUGACGCGGUACCGAUCGACCUGGACAGCGUGCAGCGCAAGCUGCUCGACGAGCGCCGGGCGGCGCUGGGCUUCGAUGCCCAGCCGCUGAGCGCACGCGUGCUGCUGGCGGCACAGGAUGGCGAGCUGACCGCACGGACCCAUCUGCUGCUGCGCGUGCAUGUGGAAGGCGAGGACUGGCUGGUCGAUGCCGGCUUCGGCAGCCUGACCCCCACCGUGCCGCUGCGCCUGCACGACACCGCACCGCAGGCCACGCCGCACGAGCGCUACCUGCUGCAGCGGCUGGGCGAUGACGGCGAUUUCGUGCUGUCAGCCGAAUCCAGCGAUGGCUGGCGCGCGAUGUACCGCUUCGACCUGCAGGCGCCUGCGCCGAUCGACAACCUGCGCGCGUCGCUGACCGGGCCGGACUGGCGCCGCACCAUCGGCAGCGGCAACUACACCGAGUACCGCCCGGGGCAAGCGCCGGACAAACGCCCGCUGCACGAUGUCGGUGACGUGCGCGAGGUGCUGCAGCAGCACUUCGGCCUGCAGCUGCCGGAUGACCCGCGGCUGGACCCGGCGAUCAAUGACUGGCUGCAGCGCUCGCGCGCCGCAACACCGUAG